AUGGAGGGCGCCGGUGAAAUGGAGCCCACCCCGCCGGUGAACGCUUCCAAUAUCAGCCAGCCGGAGGACGCGCCUGAGGCGGGCUGGGGUGCGCAAAGCCUCGCCUACCAGAUCACCCUGGCAUCGCUCCUUUCCGCCAUCACGUUGGCUACCAGCUUGUCCAACGCCUUCGUCAUCGCCACCAUCUCCCAGUCCAAGAAACUCCAGACGCCCGCCAACUUUCUCAUCGCCUCGCUGGCCGUCACCGACCUGCUGGUGUCCAUCCUAGUCAUGCCCGUGUGCGUCCUCUACACGGUCAUCCACGAGUGGACGCUGGGCCAGGUGGUGUGCGACGUGUGGUUGUCGUCAGACAUCACCUGCUGCACGGCGUCCAUCCUCCACUUGUGCGUCAUUGCCCUGGACCGCUACUGGGCCAUCACGGACGCGGUGGAGUACUCCAAAAAGCGCACGCCGGGACGCGCGGCCGGCAUGGUGGCUACCGCUUGGGUGAUCGCCAUCUCCAUCUCUCUGCCGCCGCUCUUCUGGAGGCAGGUCAAAGCGGACGAGUUGACCAGCUGCAGCGUCAACACCGACCACAUCUUCUACACCAUCUACUCCACCUUCGGCGCCUUCUACAUCCCCACCCUGUUGCUCAUCGUCCUCUACGGGCGCAUCUACGUGGAGGCGCGCAAACGCAUCCUCAAGCAGUCGCCGAAAAAGAAAAAGAAGGCGGCGGGCAAGAGGCUCACUUCGGCGUACCUGCAGGCUACGGGCUCUCCCGGCUCCAACGCCUCCACCAGCCCCUUGCAGGGCGGCAGGCACGACGCGCCGUCCUGCAGCGACACCAACUCGUCCACCAGCGACAGUCAGGUGAAGGUGACUCUGUCCGACGCGGCUCUGGAGAAGAAGCGCAUCUCUGCGGCGAGGGAGAGGAAGGCCACCAAGACGCUGGGCAUCAUUCUGGGCGCGUACAUCGUGUGCUGGUUGCCUUUCUUCAUCUACACCCUGGUGGUGGCUACAUGCGACGCCUGUCAUAUCCCCGAGCUCUUUGACUUCUUCACCUGGCUAGGUUACCUGAAUUCCCUCAUCAACCCCAUCAUAUACACCAUGUCCAAUGAGGAUUUCAAGAAAGCUUUCCACAAACUGGUGCGCUUCAGAUGCUGCAGAGGGUGA